AUGUAUGUACUACUCUCCAAAGUACUGACCGAGAGGCUGAAAGGAGUGAUAGGGCAAUUGGUUGAUUCUCAACAGAUGCCAUUUAUUGAAGGUAGACAGAUCAUGGAUGCUGUGUUGAUUGCUAAUGAAGCUAUAGAUUCCGGAAUCAAACGGAAGACACUUGGUAUAAUAUGCAAGCUGGACAUAGAGAAAGCAUAUGAUCAUGUCAAUGGGAGAGAGGUUUCAGGCAAGGUGACCCUUUUGUCACCUUUUUUGUUUUUAAUCACUAUGGAGGGGCUGAAUAAUAUGAUCGAAACAACAAACAACAGAGCCUGGUUGAAAGGUUUUGAUGUUGCCAGAGAGGGUGGCGACAGUUUGGAGGUGACACACCUACAAUGUGCAGAUGAUACCCUAAUUUUUUGUGAUGAUGAGGAACAACAACUAAAAUAUGUGAGGGUUACACUAAUUCUGUUUGAAGGAAUGACUGGACUACAUAUCAAUGGGAGGAAGAGAUUAGUGUAUCCAAUCAAUACAGUCACGAAUAUGAUUUGCCUAGCAGCAAUCCUUAGUGGGGUAAUUGACACUCUGGGAACAACUUACUUGAAAAUGCUUCUAGGUGGAAAAUUCAACUCUGCUGAGAUAUGGAAUGGUGUGCUGGAGAAGUGUGAAAUGAAAUUGGCUAAUGGAGAACUCAAUAUGUCCUUUGGAGGCAGAUGGAGUCUCAUCAAUUCAGUCCUAGAUGCCUUGCCAACUUACAUGAUGACCUUGUUCCCAAUGCCAGCAGGAGUCAUAAAGAGAUUGGACUGUAUAUGGAGAAAAUUUGUAUGGCAUGGCAACAAGGAGAGAAAAGGCUUCCAUUUGGUGAAGUGA